ACGGACUGGAGAAGUUUUUCUACCUGUUUCUAAACACAGUAAAGACCUCACCUGGACGAGGUUACUCAGUUUUAUAAAGAAAUGUGUUUUUAAUGUGAAAUUUUGUAUCCAAACUGUCGUCAACGUCUGAAAUCUGAUGUUUGGAGAGUUUUAAUCUGAAAGAAGCAGCGGCGGCCGUUUCCAUUCAGCCCAUCCUGUGCGAGGAUUAAACAUCCAUCAGUCAGAACCGUCAAACAUGAGACAGGAGCUCACGGUUUUAACUUUUCUAACCGUUUUUACCUUUUACACCGAAGCAGCCACCAACCCACCCGCAGACACAGAGCAGCAGGAGUAUGCCUCUCUCAGGUCGAUGCUGGAUGACUUCGACGUGCUGCCUCUCUCCAGCCUGCAGACUCACUCCGUCCGCCGCCGAGACGUCCAAACUCAAACUCAUGUGGAGAAGACGCUCAGUUUCAACGCCCUGCAGAGGCAGUUCAGACUGUACCUGAGGACCAACGAUGAGCUGUUCACCGAGGAUUUCAGAGCCGUGGUCGUGGACGAGGGCGGUCGGGAGCAGAGCUACCCGGUCAACAGACACAACUACUUCACCGGACAUGUCAUCGGGGAGGAACACUCUCGAGUUCAGGCUCAUAUCGACGAGCACGAGUUCUCAGCUCACAUCCUGACUGACGAGGGAGAGUACAACAUCGAGCCUCUGUGGAGGUUCACCUCAGCGCCCCCCGAUGGUCGUCUGCUGAUCUACCGCUCAGACGACAUCAGGAACCUGAGCAGACUGCAUCAGCCUUCUGUCUGCGGCUACGUGACGUCCAACCCCAGCCACCUCUUUCCUGACAGCGUUCAAAUGGCCGUGCUGGAGGACCAGGAUGACGAGGAGUCUGUGUUCAGAGGGAAACGUCAGGUCCACGACCACAAGAAAAACACCUGUCCCCUGCUGCUGGUGGCCGACCAUCGCUUCUUCAAACACAUGGGCCGCGAGGAGGAGAGCACCACCCUCAACUACCUGAUCGAGCUGAUCGAUCGCGUGGACGACAUCUACAGAAACACGUCGUGGGAUGACGAGUUCAUAGGUUACGGUGUUCAGAUCCAGCAGAUUAUCAUAGAGAAGAUUCCGACUUCUGUAGAUCCAGGGAAAAGUCACUUCAACAUGAGAGGAAGUCCAGUGAAGGGCAGAGACGUCUGGGACGUGAAGAAACUGCUGGAGCAGUUCAGUGUGGACAUCGCAGACAAAGCCUCCAACGUUUGUCUGGCUCACCUCUUCACCUAUCAGGACUUUGAUGAAGGCACUCUGGGUCUGGCCUACGUUGCCCCAUCCAAACCCGACAUCCCCGGAGGUCUUUGCUCCAAAUCGUGUCCUUCAUCUACAAACGAACAAAGAGCGAUUUACCUCAACACAGGUCUGACCAGCACUAAGAACUAUGGGAAGACCAUCCUGACCAAGGAAGCAGAUCUGGUGACGACUCACGAGCUCGGUCAUAACUUUGGAGCAGAGCACGACCCCGACAACAUCCCAGACUGCGCCCCCCGAGAGGACCAGGGAGGGAAGUACGUCAUGUACCCCAUCGCUGUGAGCGGAGACCACGUCAACAACAAGAUGUUCUCUAACUGCAGUAAACGCUCCAUAGUGAAGCGCCUGAGGUCGAAGGCGUCGUCCUGCUUCAAGGAGAGAAACAUUAACGUGUGUGGAAACUCUCGGGUGGAGCAGGGGGAGGAGUGCGAUCCCGGACUGCUGCACAUCAACUCCGACCACUGCUGCACGGCCGACUGCAGGCUGAAACCUGGAGCUCAGUGCAGUGACAGGAACAGUGCGUGCUGCAAACACUGCCGGUUCGAGUCUGAAGGCGAAGUCUGUCAGGAGCCCAUCGACGCCACCUGUAAAGGACACUCCUACUGCACAGGAAACAGCAGCGAGUGUCCUCCUCCGGAAAAUGCCCCAGAUAAAACGGUGUGUCUGGACAGUGGAGAGUGUCUGGACGGAGAGUGUAUUCCUUUCUGCCAGGCCGUCUUAAAGCUGCAGCCCUGCGCCUGCAAUGAAACCAACUCGUCGUGUAAAGUCUGCUGUCGCAGCAGCAUCGGUGUCUGCGCGCCCUAUCAGGACAAAACAGGCAACUUCCUGUUCCUGCGUAAAGGCAAACCCUGCACCGUGGGCUUCUGUGACGGAGCGGGGAAGUGCAUGAAGCAGGUGCAGGACGUGGUGGAGCGGCUGUGGGAUUUCAUCGAUAAACUGGACAUCAACACGUUCGGGAAGUUUCUGGCUGAUAACAUCGUUGGCUCAGUGGUGGCUUUCUCUCUGCUCUUCUGGGUUCCUGUCAGCAUCCUGGUUCACUGUGUGGACAAGAAGCUGGAUAAACAAUAUGAGCAGACCACAAAGUCACUGUUCUUCCCCAGUAAUGCCGAGCUCUUGAGCAGCCUAGAGUCUGCGUCUGUACGGAUCUUCAAACCUCCAAGCUUCCCGACCACAAACGCCGCCCCCCUCCGUUUCCAACCAUCCGGCCCCCAGCAGACCAGCACCCCUCCGGUUUCCAACUUCAUCCCCGGGCCUGAUUCUGCCCCUGCUGGCUCCUGUCACAUGCCCCCUCCUCUGGACAGCCCACGCAUGGCCACCAUCCAGGAGGACCCCAGCUUUGACUCCCACCUGGAUCAGGAAGCUCUGGAGGAGGCGUUCGGGCGGCCGGUGGGGUCGGCUCAGCGCUCCUUCGAGGACCUGACGGAGAAAAGCGUGGUGAGUCGCAGCGAGAAGGCGUUGUUGUUCAGACUGAAGAGACAACAUCAGAUCGACACCAAGGAGACGCAGUGCUGAGAGGCAGGUGGACUUCAGGCGGCUUGUCCUCUUCAGGUCCUCGUGCUCUGGUUUUGCAGUUUUAUAGCUUUUUAAACUGGCUCUGUACUGAAGACUGCUGCACUGUUUUAUUUUUGCAGUAAAACUUAGGUCUGAUCACACAGGUCUGACAGGAUCAAUACAAAUCUUUAGUAGUAAAAAAGAAAAAAAAAUCUGCCUUCAAAAUGUCUCCUGUGCGGUCAGACGUCUGUUUCAAAUGGCUGGCCAGUCCUUCCUCAGCUGGGGACUUCACUUCAGUAUCCGUCCUCCUCACGUCUCUUAAAUCAAAAGUAAAAUUAAACUUUUGUGUCCAUUGUAUCGUGGAGACAUGUCUCCUUGGAGCUGCUGCACCUGGGGCUGGGUAUCAUCACUUUUUCCGGUACUAGUUAAAUGUGGCUUUAGAAUAUCAAUGACAUGCUCUAAUCAGCUGUUUCCUGAUACUCACACUGUCAGUUACUUCAGGCUGCAGAAAUAAAGUGAGAGCAAGUGAGAGACUAGACUCUGUGCUCUGUGGAUGUCUGAUGGUUGGUCGGUCCAACACUGGUCCAGACUGAAAUGAUGAAAUAUGGUUCAGACAUUCAUGUCCAAUACUUUGAUGUGAUUGAAUACCUGCAAAAAACUGUGUGUUUAGUGCAAGUUUCCUAUUGGUCACUGUCAAUCAAUGUACAAAUUCAGACCUGCUCGUCUUUUUGUCUGAACGUCAUGAUGCGUCCCAGAUGUUGCAUUGGUUGUCUUCCACCAUGACACACUACAUGGGAUACAACUAGCACCUGUUGGCUCCCACGUAGUUCUUGAACAACCCACAGAACUCUUUGUCCCUGAAUGCGUUAUGGUCAUUUUAGUUCCGUUUAACACCCUGCACUCACUAGUGCCUCAAAACCCUACACUCAUUUUUGUUCCUGAACUCCCCAUGCUCAUUUUAGUUCCCUUAGACCCUGCACUCACUUUUGUUCCUGAACGGAAUUGUUCCUAAAAAACUGCUCAUUUUAGAGAGUUCCAAGCACAGAGACAAAAUGAAACAGUUAUUCUUGUAAGAUUUUUUGAAAUGAAGGUACCAAAACUCGGUAUGAAAAAGUUUCACGAUACCCAGCUCUAACUGCAGCACGGAAAAUCUUUUGCGAAAAGGUUCAACUGAAAUAUGACAAUCAUUUGUGUGUACAGAGUUCCUGUCUAGUUGAAGCAGUAGCUUUUUUUUGUGACUUAACUCGAUCUCUAAGAGUUGAUGUUUGUCAAUCACAAACCACAUCACCAGCAUUUAUACAAACAGCAGCCUGUUGUGGAGCUAAUAUUUUACUACUUACAGCAGUAUACACAGUGUUAGACCUCAGCUGCAGGUGAACAGUCAUAGACUUAUUCACCAUUAAACAGCUUCAUGUCGUCUGGCUGCUGCUGGUUCAGAGACUCAAAGUGUUCAAAACUGAAUAAACAUAAACAUUCAGACAAAAUAUUAUAGAACUACAGAAUUGUGAAUUAUUCAAUAAAUGCUUGAAACUCAGUUUUUAUUACAGUAUGUUUUUUAUGAGCUGAAGGAUUAUUUUAAUUUCCCUCCAGCAGUUUUUAUUGUGUAGUCACUUUGGUGUCGAGUCAGUCACAGUAAAGCAGCAGUAAAUCACAUGACUGGCUCUGUAAUGUCAGUAAUGUUCCCUGUUUAACUUCACUUACGGAUAAAGACUUGAAAUAAAAAUAAAAAUAAUUUAUUUCAUUUUGAACACUUUGGGCCUCCAUAUUUUAGAGGCAAAAACAAACCAUCCAAAAGAAUAAAGGCACCAGAUCAACCGGUAGCUUCAUCUGUAUUUUACAAUUACCAAAUGUUAAACCUUCAGGUAUUUUACAUUCUAAUAAAGGACAUGUUAUCAAAAGCUUUAGAAAUAUUUAAUAUUUCAUCACAACAGCAACAAAAGUGCCAAAGAUUUGGUGUCUUCAGCUUCUCAAAUGUGAUUAUUUGCUGCUUUUACUUGUCUUAACAUUCAGAUUAAUUGACAGUAAAAAUAACUGAAAGCUAAUGAUGUGCAAGCAGCCAAAUACUCACCAACAUUAUAUGUUUAUAUGUCAAAUACAGAUAUAUCAAUAAAUGCAGACAUGUCAAAGAUUGUAUUUUUAAGAGUUUAUGUGAAAAAUGAAUAUUGAACGACAUCAAAAUCUCAAAUAUAUGUAGGGACUUUGGUGGAGGACAUGAUUACUAAUCGUUCCCUGCAUCUUCUGUUCAUGUAAGAAGACUAAAAUAUUUUGGGAGAAUUUAAAGCAGCAGAGGAAUAAAUGUUAACUCCGCCCCUCCCUCAAAACGAACAUGCAAACAAAACCUUUUAAACACCAGCCUCAAAAAUCCAGUUUUGUUUGAGUAAAAACUGUUCGUUUUAAGAGUUGACAUCAAGCGUCUCACUGGGACUCGAACCCCUAAUUCUGACAGUGUUAGUGCCUUGCUCAACCUACUGAGCUACACAAGACUCUGUGUACAUAAUACAUAUGCAAAUAUCUGUGCUGCAAAAAUAUUCAUAUCUAACCUGAUGGUCUGUUUUUCUGUUGUUAAAGCCACUAUGUGUGAAUUUUAUUUAUG